AUGGAGAGACACGACUUCGGAGACGUGUUGUCCCCCCGUGAGACAGAGGCGGCCAGACCCGGCCGAAAGCCAGGCACCCAGAAGCGGCUCUCCAUUCUUACGCCCCUGGAUGACACUAUUGGAAACAUGACGCCCAGAGGCCAGUUGCUUCCCCGGACGCCUGGUUCGUUGCUUCGCCAGCCAUUUAGUGCCCUAUCUCGAAGCUCCAGCAAGCUGCCAGAUAUCUCUGUCAUCUUGGGAACAGGAGGAAAGUCACCUCAAAUUCUGCASACUCCUGGACUUUUUGGCAGCCUCUCCAUGUUGGAUGAAAGCAACUGGACAAUGGCACUGUCACCUCAGCAGACAGGAAUGUUUACAAAUCUAGACAUGUCCAAUAUGACAGAAGAUGUCACUAUGAGCGCUGUGCUGCUGCGUGAGGACGAUCCUGGGGAAGCUGCUACUAUGAGCAUGUACUCAGAUUUUCUGCACUCCUUCUUGAAGCAUACAUCAACUACCAUUUUUGAACUGGUGGAUGAGUAUGAAAGUAUUUGCAACAACCAGGUGAAUAUACUGGGGAAAAUUGUUUAUCGAGCAACUCCUGGACAGCAGAAGUUUUCAAAGACUGCCAGUGUCCUGUGGCUUCUCAAGCAGGAGAUGGUAACAUGGAGACUCUUGUCCUCACUUUAUAGAGAUAGAAUACAAUCUGCACUGGAGGAUGAAACUGCAUGUGAAAUCACAGUUUUAAAUGCUAGUGAAAAAACAACUGUAGACAACUUAUUUCAGAAAGACUCGCUUGUUCGACAGAGCCAGCUGGUGGUAGAUUGGCUAGAGAGCAUUGCCAAGGAUGAAAUUGGGGACUUCUCUGAUAAUAUUGAGUUUUACGCAAAAUCUGUAUAUUGGGAGAACACACUACAUAUCCUAAAGCAGAAACAGUUAGGUACUUACAUUGGAAGUUCUCGUCCUCUGGUAACAGAGUUGGAUCCAGAUGCACCUAUAAGACAGAAACUGCCACUUGAUGAUUUGGAUAGAGAAGAUGAUGGGAGACUAUUGAAGUAUCUCUUCACUCUGAUCAGAGCAGGAAUGACAGAUGAGGCGCAGCGCCUGUGCAAACGGUGUGGUCAGGCCUGGAGAGCUGCCACUUUGGAAGGAUGGAAGUUGUACCAUGAUCCUAACAUAAAUGGAGGAAAGGAGCUGGAACCUGUUCAAGGGAAUCCAUACAGGUGCAUUUGGAAACUAAGUUGUUGGCGUAUGGCUGAAGAGGAGCAGUUCAAUAGAUAUGAGAGAGCAAUCUAUGCAGCACUGAGUGGAAACCUCAAACAGCUCCUUCCAGUUUGUGAUACUUGGGAAGAUACUGUUUGGGCGUAUUUCAGAGUCAUGGUGGACACUCUUGUAGAGCAGGAAAUCCGAAUGUCCGUGGUAACUAUAGAGGAGAUGGAAGAACUCCCUAGAGAUUACUUAGAAACAAAUUGGACUUCAGAAAAAGUUUUUGAAGAACUUCAGGCAACAGACAAAAAGAGAGUGAUAGAGGAGAAUCAAGAGCACUACCAUGUGAUUCAGAAAUUCAUUAUACUGGGAGAUGUAGAUGGUUUGAUGGAAGAAUUCAGCAGRUGGCUUUCCAAGGACAGGAGUGUGCUCCCAGGGCACCUGCUCCGUUUCAUGACACAUCUUAUUCUCUUCUUCCGCACCUUGGGCCUGCAGACAAAAGAGGAAGUUUCUGUAGAAGUCCUGAAGACCUACAUUCAGCGAAUGAUAUCAGAGAAGCACACAGAUUUAAUAGCGUUUUAUGUGAGCCACUUGCCCCCAGAGCUAGCUGUUGCUCAGUACGCUUUAUUUUUAGAAGAUGUUACUGAAAGUGAUCAACGCCACCACUGUCUUGAAUUAGCAAAAGAAGCAGGUCUGGAUGUUGCAACCAUUACCAAAACUGUAGUUGAAAACAUCCGCAAGAAGGAUGCUGGAGAAUUCAGCCACCACGAUCAUAUGUUAGAUACCGGCACGACAGAGGUGGAUCGUUUGAAGAUAGACGUAAUUGACUGGCUUGUAUUUGACCCUGCACAGAGGGCAGAAGCACUUAAGCAGAGCAAUGCCAUCAUGAGGAAGUUCUUGGCAUCCAAGAAAUAUGAGGCUGCAAAAGAUGUGUUUGUGAAGAUUCCCCAGGACUCUAUAGCAGAAAUCUAUAACCAGUGGGAAGAGCAGGGAAUGGAUACUCCGCUUCCAGCUGAAGAUGACAAUGCUAUAAGAGAACAUUUAUGUAUUCGGGCAUAUCUGGAAGCCCAUGAAACCUUCAACGACUGGUUCAAGCACAUGAACUCAGCUCCACAGAAACCUUCUUUGCUACCUCAAGCAAGUUUCACUGAGAAAGUGGCCCACGAACAUAAAGAAAAGAAGUAUGAGAUGGACUAUGGUAUCUGGAAGGGUCACUUGGAUGCCCUUACAGCUGAUGUGAAAGAGAAAAUGUACAACGUGUUGCUGUUUGUUGAUGGAGGAUGGAUGGUUGAUGUUAGAGAGGAUGCUGAGGAGGACCCCGAGCGGACACAUCAGAUGGCUCUGCUGCGCAAGCUGUGCCUGCCCAUGAUGUGCUUCUUGCUGCACACGGUGCUGCACAGCACGGGCCAGUACCAGGAGUGCCUGAGGCUGGCCGACACGGUCGCCUCCGAGCGACACAAGCUCUACACGGUAUUUUCAAAGGAAGAACUCCGCAAGCUUCUGCAGAAGCUGAGGGAAUCUUCCCUGAUGCUCCUGGACCAGGAUCUUGAUCCUUUAGGAUAUGAAAUUCAGUCCUAGAACCUCAUUCCAGCUCUAGUGCCAGAACCUCCUGACCAUGACGUCCACAUUUCCCCACCUGUAAAAAGAAAUAAAAUCAAGAAGGAACCACUGGAAAACGUUCCGACGGGUGUGGAACAAAACCAGAUCCCCUCCCUGUUCGCGGCCGCCUGAUGGGGCCCGGCGUGAGGACGUUUGUUACGUGCCCCUUUUC